GGAGCAUCCUCAUCAUCUGAGCCAGGCGCACGUAGCCCGCGGUUUAAAGGGAGGAAACAAAAUGCGUGACGGGUGCGUGAGUGAGUGGAGAUAAAUGAGACUGGAAUAUUGUGUUAUUCUGCACCCGGAACCUCAAGUCUUUCUGCGACGUGGCGCCAGACAACACGGCGCUGUUUUCGGAGCAUCUGAAAAAACAACUGAGGCUGAUCAUGGGUUUGUCCUCUUGGUAACACUAAAACGUCGCCUAAAUCUGUAGAAAAAACAACAACAACAGCAUGGGUUCCAGACUGAGCAGGCAGAGCAGCCUGGACAAUGAGAAUUUCUCCAAAAAGCGACGCAAGCUUCUGGAUGGCACCGGAGAGAGCGACAGGGGCAGCCGAGGCGGCGGGGACUUUCUGUUUGCACUGAUGCUCAAAUCAGACAAACUGCCUGGGAUGCUGCGGAGGACCAACCACAGCCCGUACAUGAGGCGAGUGGCGUGGAUCAAAGAGAUACAGAAGCUGCUCCGUGACCGCAGGAUAGAGCAGGCGACCGACGUGCUCAAAUUACUGAGGAAGGAUCUUGGUUUGGAGGGUACCUCGCUCAACGACAUCUUGUACAAAAACGCUGCUUUCCUCAACCUGGUGGACCCGAUCUCGCAUGAGCUGCUGCUGAGCCUGGCUCGAGAGAUGCAGUGUCCUAAGAAGGAUGCAGACACCAUAAAGUCUUCUGAUAAGAUUUGCAGACAACUGAUCUACCACCUGACCCCGCACUCAAAGUGGCUGAGGCAGAGCAUGUCCAGACGGAAAUCCCAGGCCUGUCUCAAGACAACCCUACAGAAGAAGCUGUCCAGCGACUCGGUAGACCUGUCCGGCAUCCCCCUGUCCACCCGUGAUGUCCGCCAAGUCGCCUUCUACCUCCAAAACAACAGAGACACAGUGGUGGCUGUGGACAUCAGCUUCACCGAUCUCCAGGACGACAACCUGAAGAUUCUGUUGCCUCUUCUCGCCUCGCUGCCCAAACUCAGCACCCUGGCUCUCAAUGGCAACCGCCUCACCCUGGCUAUACUCAAAGACCUCACAGAGAUGCUAAAAGACCCCAAGAUGUUCUCCAGCCUGGCCUGGAUCGACCUUGGCAACAACGUGGAUAUCUUUACCAUGCCUCAGCCGCUGCUGGUGGCGUUGCGCCGGCGCUGCAGCCUGAAGAGCAGCUUACCAACUAUCUACGAGUACACGGAGGGUCAGCCCUACUGCUACCACCUGGAAACUUCCAUCGAGGAGCCCAGCCACUACGAGGAGGAAGAGGAGGAGGAGGAAGAUGCGGAGGACGACGAGGACGACAUGGGGAACAAGUUUGAGCUGGAGCCGUGGAGUUUAGGGGAGAAGCAGCUCUCGAAAGACUUCACCCUUCACUACUGUGAGAGGUGAUGGGGCACUUCCUCCCCGAGGGUCUUUCAACUGUGGUUGAAACGUCGUCCCACAGCACUCUGUUACCUCCUUCGCCCUCUCGCCCUCACACCACGAGCCCAGUUACCCUUUGAGGCACGAGGGAAACCAGUUCCCCACAUUGUGAACUUCUCGUCCCCGACACGGCUACCAAGCUAUUCCUAACCAUCUCCGAGUUAAACCCACGCAAGAUGAAAGUGAAGGCGGACUUACUGUGUUGGUGGAUGGCGCUCUUGGGAACAAGGUGCGGUUUCAUUGGAGGGGGGCUG